UAUCCGUCGUUUUGCAGCGAGCCGAUUCGACAAUCUCGAUGCUUCGACCGAGCCGCCUUCCCAGCCACUGACAGAGCCAACGAGUCCACCCACCCCGAGGCGGGGCUUGCCGCGCAUCAUUCAUUACGUCUUCGUCGAAAAUGCACAGAACACAUCGCUGGCCUUUUGGGCCCCGCGAGACCUCCCUGCUGGUAUGCUGGACCGGAUCCUGGUGGCAGAUCAGCCGUCCUCAGACAACAUGCUUGCAUGGGGACUCACCUGUCGGGCUAUGCGAUGGUCACCAGGUAUUGAAGACUAUGUCUUCAAUGGCCGUAUUGGCACGCCCAUCUCGACCACUGCGAUCUCUUUGAUUGACGACGAUGUGAUUACUUCAACAGAGUUCACAUUCGUUGGGGCCAAAUCGAGCGUGGACGGAGGUGCCAUGCGUGGAGAACACGCUCUCGCUGUCACCUCCAACCACGCCACCAGCUCGACGGCAGUUCAGCAAUUCCUUGAAGGCAUGAGCGAGGUUCAGCCGGAGACCCCCGAUUACAUGCCCAUGCCACCUCAAGAUGCUGAGAGCUUCCAACGUCGAAACAACGUGUCAAUGCCGCGGAGAGCAAGAGGGCCUCUACAUCCCGUUCCCACUCCUGUCAACUCGGAUUCUGAGAGCUCCGACGACAGUGAUACAGAUACUGAGUCGUCCGCGCAGCCUCCACAUCUGGCAAAGCAGCCGCCUGCCCGCAAUCAACCAGGGGUGCCUCCGACGAAGCAGGCAAACAACCAAGAGCAUCACAACUGGGACCUCGGUCUAUCCGCAAGACAGGCGGCUAUACCACUCCGUCCAGCGACCGAGGCUAGUCCAUCCACAAAAGGCUCUGCAAGUACCUCAAGAACGCACAAAGCCUCGGGCAGCUCCGAGACCAACGCUCGAUCUUCCAGUGCAACAAACCUGGCUCAAUGGAGUACCGACACCCAGCUGUCACCCAGGAGGAGGCUCAAUCGUCGUGGGAUCGUGCGAAGAGAUGCUCCAUCGGUGAACGGCCAGAACCGUUAUGGCCCAUCAAGUGCCAGCACGGAUGUGCAAUCUGCUCCUCAGGCUGAUAUUUCAGCGUGGCAAAACGUCAUUCACCGCGACGUUCGAACGGGAACUCUGAUAGAUGACACGGCGCCGACAACAACUUCGUCGAUCAAGCCUCCGCCCGGAUAUGACCAACCGCCUCGCAUGGCCCUCACCGCCUCGCAGUCGCCGCAGCCUUGUUCGAUGAAUAUCAAGCCAGAUGAAGAAGAGCCUUUGAUCGAUCUCUACAACUCCGGACCAGAGAAUAGCCGGCCGUUUACGAAACCGUCAGGAUUACACAAUCGGCCGUCACGUACAGACAACCAGAGACAGCCUGGCCCCAAAGAUUAUGAUGACGAUUCCAUCAUCGAGCGCCUUCAAGACGACGAACUGGCCAGCAACUUCAAAAAGUACACAAUGCGUCAGCAGAAAGGCAAAGGCAACAAACAUCGGAAUGCAUCGGCGAGGGCGAAGGGCAGCGCAGCACAACCCCACGCGGAUCUGCCAAAGCCCGAUCCUCUGCCUGCGCCGAAAAGGGGCGCGAAGAAAUUAGAGGGCGAAACCAUCGCGUCGUCGUCCACCGGGAUCCCCGCAGGCCCAUCCGAUCUACCUGUUGUGGAAGCUGACAGCCGCAUGACAAAGAAAGAAGCGAACAUCGCGGACUCCUCCUUGUCUACCACUCCAGUCGGAAUGCUUAUGCAAGAACUGCUCCUGGUGCCCAACACUGGCGACACCCAAAUCAUUGUACAAUUCGGCACGCUGCUGGUCAAAGAUCGGACUGACGAGCCUAUUCUGACCGGCGUGAAUACCGCCAAUGCGGUGGAAGAGAAACUUCAAGACGGCAUCGGGAUCACAACCAACUUUUUACCCCGGAUGACCACCUCUGAUGACGAUGCUCGCUUCAUGCUCAAUUUGUUCGGAGCAGGUGAAGCCCGGGCUACCGUCACAUACGAGAUCGAGAUCAAGAAUGCUGAAGGUGCUCAGCGGACCAUCACAUUCGACCAGACCGACCUCCAAAACUUCCUUGUCUCGCACACGAACAACCCGCUUGGCAUUGCUUACAUCCAUCACCCGCUCAGAGUGUGGGAUGCCAAAGUCAGCAUCGAGCGGCCGGAAGUGGAUGUGGAGUUGAUGCAGACGGUGCGAGGCUUCGUGGCAUCGAUCCAAACCAACGGCAUUGCACCUUCAUUUCAAGCACUCGUUCCAGCCGGCUCCUUUUCGGUGGAGAACGUGUACGCAAAGCGACACUUCAGAAAAUCAAUUGCCAAAGGAAUCGAAGUGGACGUCACUGAAGUUCAGCAACUGGAUGUUGCGUCAACAACCAUGUCUCCUUUCAACCUUCAAGCCAGCGUCCAACCGCGAGCGACAAUGAUCGAGGGUCAGCGGCUAUGGUGGGAGGCGGGGAUGUAUGCACAGACUGCCGACAUUUCCACGGCGGAUAGAAUACACUCGUGUGCAGCGACUUGCAUCUCACAGAUUGACGGGGUGGGGUUGAACAACAGCGGGCCGUUCAGAUGGGCGGAAAUUGAAGAACCGGUUGCUGAGGAAAAGCCGUUCUGGUGAAGUCUGAAGGCGACUUGACGGAAAGCAGUCAUGUUGUACUGUGGCGUAGAUGAAAGAAGUUCAUUGUA